AAAGUCUUAACCCGGAUGACGUUUGCGUCCCUCGUGCCCACGUGAUGCCGGCUACAGUUCGUUCAGCAUGGCCGCUAUCGGCGUUCACUUCGGUUACACAUGCGCUUGUGUAGCGGUAUUUAAGGACGGUCGGGCUGACGUCAUUGCCAACGAUGCAGGAGAUAGAGUGACUCCAGCAGUGGUUGCUUACAGAGAGAAUGAGCAGCUUGUGGGGAUUGCAGCAAAGCAAGGGCGGGUCCGUAAUGCCGCCAACACGGUUGACAAAGUCAAGCAAGUGCUGGGCAGAAGCUUUGAUGACGCCGAGACGCAAGCUCAUAAGUCGCAGACCAAAUGCCAGGUUGUCAACCGAUCCGGGAAGCCCUGUUACGAGAUUACAGCAGGAGAACAACUCAAGUACAUUGCUCCGGAGGACGUUGCCAAACUCAUAUUUCACAAAAUGAAAGAAACGGCUCAGUCUUCUCUCGGCUCUGAUGUGAGCGAUGCCGUCAUUACCGUUCCGUUUGAAUUUGGGCCCUCUCAGAAGCACGCGCUGAGAGAGGCAGCUGAAGCCGCAGGGUUCAAUGUCCUCAGGUUGAUCCACGAACCCGCCGCCGCUCUUUUAGCCUAUAACAUCGGACAGGACUGUUCAGCUCCAAAGAGGUGCCGCACUCCAUUUUUUUCCCCAUCAUGUCCACAAGAAAAUAUUUUAAUCAACAGAGUCGCUAUUAGGUGCUCAUGCCACAGCAGUAAUUGGUUGUAUUAUGUCGGCAGCCAUGUUCUGGUAUACAAACUGGGCGGUACGUCCCUGAGCGUGACCGUGCUGCAGGUGAACGGAGGAAUGUUUCGCGUCCUGGAUACCCACACCCACCACAGCAUCGGCGGGGAAAGCUUCACGCAGGCCUUGGCCCAGCAUCUCGCCACCGAGUUCAAACGCACUUUUAAACACGACGUGACCGAGAAUGCACGAGCAAUGCUCAAGUUGAUGAACGGAGCCGACAUGGCCAAACACUCCCUGUCCACACUUGGGUCAGCCAAUUGCUUUGUGGACUCCCUGCACGAUGGCACUGACUUUGACUGCAAUGUCUCCAGAGCUCGUUUUGAACUGCUCUGCUCCUCCCUCUUCAACAAGAGCAUCCAGCCAAUUAGAAGCUUACUGGAGCAGACCAAACUCUCCGCCACCGACAUCAACAAGGUGGUUCUGUGCGGCGGCUCGGCGCGGAUCCCCCGUCUGCAGCAGAUGAUUCGCGACAUGUUCCCCGACGUGGAGCUCCUGAGCUCGGCGCCUCCCGAUGAGGUCAUUGCGGUGGGUGCAGCCCUCCAAGCAGGUUUGUUGGUGGGCAAGGACCACCUUGUCUCCGAUGAAGAAUCCGUCCAAGUGGAUGUGUCUGCCUCUGACAUUCUGCUCAAGCAGGUGGAUGAAUCCGGAGCAGAGGCGUUCACUGUGCUCCUUCCGUCCGGACUGCCGCUUCCAGCUCGCCGCAAUCACACCCUGAGUGGAGGAGGCCAACUCUCCUCGCUCUGCCUAGAGAUUUAUCAGAGAUUUGAUUCUGAGCAGCCGGAGAAGCUUGCCAAGAUUAUACUUCGGGACCUGGAGCCUAACGAUGAGCACCACAACAUUGAUACAGUGGUCACCAUGAAAAGGGACGGUUCCCUCCAUGUCGCCUGUGUCGAGCAGAACAGCGGGAGGUCGGAAAUAAUCAACAUAGCUGCUGCAUCCUGAUCACACUUACACACACCAUCUUUUUUUUCUAAUUAUCUAAGGCAUUCAAUAAACAUGUGAAUCUAUAUCUGA